CUUGUUCAUUCAACUUUGAAAUUUCUACUUAGAAAAUAAAUCGACUACGGCUUAUAUUGUGUUCUGUUUUUUUCUUUGUCAAUCCUUAAUCGUAUCUAGUUUCUACUAUACAACAAACCAAAUUGUUCAACAUGUUUCCAAAGUACUCUCCACAUAACAUACCAUUCAAAACUUUAAGUAUUAUGUAUGAACAUUUUCAAAACUUAUAUGGGCUGUUCCAAGAGCAAACCUUAUGUGAUGUUAUGUUGAUAUGUGAUGAUGACGUUCAAAUUUCAGCAUAUAAAGCAAUUUUAGCAUCUGCAAGCCCUAUGCUCUUAGCAAUGUUCAAUGGUGGCUUCAGAGAAACCAAAGAAAUCAGUAUGCCUAUUAAAGACAUUGAGUCUGGUAUUCUGAAAUCAAUUGUAACGUGUGCAUAUACAUUUCAGAUGGAUAUCAAUAAUAAUAAUAUUGAAAAACUAUUGAAAGCUUCUGAAUACUUUCAAUUUAACUAUGCUACGGAUUUAUGUUACAAUUAUGUUCAAAAAAACAUAGAUGUCACUAAUUGUCUUAAUUUUUUGAGCUUUGCUGAACCUACAUCACAAAAAAGGCUAUACACUUAUUGUUUAUUGUAUUGUUUAGAACAUUUUAAAACAAUUCUGGAAAAUGAAUCGCAGGUAAUAGAAUUAUAUGAAUUAAAUUUUGAAGAUAUUACUAAGCUCAUAUCAAAUGAUCAUUUAGUGGUUGAAUCUGAAGAAAAGAUAAUUGAUUUCAUUUUUGAAUGGAUAAAAUAUGAUUUAGAAGAACGAAGUAAAUAUUUAUCAAAUUUACUGAAUUAUUUGAAGUUACCUUUAAUUUCGAAAAAUACGAUACUACGAAUAUGUGAUGAACCAUUGAUGAGAAGCCAACAUGACUGUUUGAUAGAUAUCAUGAAAAAUUACAUAUCUGUCGAUGUUGAUGAAAACAUUACAAAAGCAACAAAGAGGACACCUCAUUUGUAUAAACCAAAUAUUAUUUUCGCAAUUAAAGGUCAAUCAAAUGGUGAUGAUUCUUAUGUAAUGUAUAUGGAUCUGAGGUGCGAAAAUGAUCUUAAUUGGAAAUCAUGUGAUUAUUCAUUUUUUUGUCCACCCCGUCAGCGUGCACUUUGGCCGUUUCGGAAACUGGAUUACUACUUGCAAUUGGAGGUUAUAAUAAAUUAA